AUGCGCGGGGUCGAUUACAACUGCAACACAUACUCCGGCAACGGCAACAGCGACGGCUGCAAUCGCAGAAAAUGUUUGGUCAGCAUCUGCAACACCGCCGCCACAACAGCAGGGGCCACCACCAACGCCACAACCACCACAGCCACAGCCAGAGGGCCAGCUACCAACGACACUGCCAACGUCACAAUCACCACAUGGGUCGUGACCAUUGAAAAGCACGUUGUCCUCGCAUGCCUGUUGCACUCAUACACCGCCCCCGUUGAACACAAGACUCUUUGUGUGCUGUUUGACAUGCCACCCACGACACUUUCGCGAGUGCUGCUCAAUGCCGAAUGCGCUCUUCUCAGGGCACUCAAGUCCAUGCCCGAAGCCUCGAUCCGCUUUCCCGACCAUGCGACGCAAUUGGGCCGAUGCCUGCACUGCUCGUGA